AUGGCAACUCCCAUGCACCGUCUUAUAGUGCAGAGACAGGCUGCCUGCCCCAAGGAGCUUGGGCCAGUGAGGGAAGCAAAUAAGCAACAUGUAAGAUGUCAGAAAUGCUUAGAAUUUGGACACUGGACUUACGAAUGCACAGGAAAAAGAAAAUACCUACACAGGCCUUCAAGAACAGCAGAACUAAAGAAAGCUUUAAAAGAAAAAGAAAAUGGAUUAUUAUUACAGCAAAGCAUUGGAGAAACUAAUGUAGAAAAAAAGAACAAGAAAAAAAGGUCUAAGAGUGUAACCAAUUCUGGUACCAAUAGCAGUAACAGUUCAGCCAGUGAUUCUUCAUCAGAAAGUGAAGAAACAUCUACCUCAUCCUCCUUAGAGGAUAGUGACACUGAUGAAAGCUCUUCUAGUCCAUCAUCUUCAGCUUCCUCCACAAGCUCUUCCUCCUCCUCUGAUUCAGACUCAGAUUCCAGCUCCUCCAGUAGCAGUAGCACCAGCACAGAUAGCAGCUCUGAGGAUGAACCACCAAAGAAGAAGAAAAAGAAAUAGAACUACUCCAUCCUUAUUGGACUUAUGGACUGAAAACAUUAAAGUGAUUCGCUAAAGGGGAUUUAAAAUAUG